AUGGGUCCAGGGUCCUUUCUCAUCCACCCACUCGCCUUGGCAAAUUCCAUUUGUAAAAUUUUUUUUAUUAUUGUUCAGAUCCCAUAUAUUUACAACAGUCUUAAUGUUCUUUAUCUCUUGAAGUCUAUAAAACGAAUAUUUACAGAAGGGACGCAGCCAUUCCUGCCUGGAAUCCCAACAUUCCAUCGCCCCCUGCCAGAAUUACCCAACCGUCACCGGAAGUCGGAAGAGAGUCCGAGAUAUGUGACGCAUGAUUCGAAUGUGGUGGCCAUUCUUCAGUGGAACGCCAUCGAUUCCUCCUCAAAGGCAGAGUAUAGAGAUGCUUUUUUAAAACACCAUGCUGUUACAUUUUGGAAACAUUUUAAAAUGGAAAGAUCAGAUUUGGAAGAUGAAGAAGUAUCUGCUUCCCAGUGCAACAAACAGAGGAGGACGCUGACUCUAGAAGAAAAGUCCGUGAGUCUUAUGAGUGAAGAUGAUCAAAAGCUUAUGAGAGAUAACAAUUUACUGGGCAACCCAGAUACCGAAUUCUCUUCACAUCAUGAUUCUAUGUUACAAAGGCUUGGUUCUUUUGAAGAAAUUGAAAACAUGACAUAUGAAGAGAGAGAAAACCCGUUUUUGAGAGAAGUAUCACUAGAGCAUAAUCAAAGCAGUAAGGUUUAUAGAUGUAGUUUAGGAAGAUGUUUCAGUCUAUAUGAAAAUACAGAUCAAGAAGUAGAAUAUGCUUCAUUUGCAAGAUGUCCAAGUAGAGAAAAUUUAAAAGACUGCCAAAGACAAGUGCAAAUUUUACCAUCUGAAUCAACAACUGCAAGGCCAAAUAGAUCAGAACAAUGUACAAAUGAAGUAUUAUCAGAUGAUCUACUGACAAGAGACUGGAAAAGAGCAAGAAGCAGAAGCCCAGAAUACACGAGAAGCAGACAAAGAACUGACAAUAGUUCAGGUAUAAGUAGAGCAAGUGAACUUUUAGAUAGAGUUCAUUAUAACUUAUCAGGACUUUCUGUGCAUACUCCGGAAGCCGAGCAUGAGGAUGAUAUUUUUUCUAUAACUCAGCAAGAAGAAAUGCAGAGACAAGAAAUAACUGAAUUUGAAUUUCAUGAGUCUAGAAGAUUGCAACAGAUAAAUUCGACUAUAUUCUCGAAUUCUGAAUUAGAAGUUCAACCUACAGCAUCAUCUCAGAGAGACAGUGUAGCUAGUAGAACUAACUUAAUAUCUAACAGAAAAAUUGACAAUGCCAUUUCAGAAAGUGAACAGGGAGAACUUCCAGAGACAUUGUCUCAGUUUUGGCAGGCAGAAAUACAAUCUUCUGCUGGACUUUCCUUCAAUAAUUUGACUACUUCUCUUACGAAUACACCAUCUUUUCUAAUUGAGAACCCAGUACGUCAUACAAGCACAGGAUAUAGUGACCCAGAUGUCUUAGUGGGUGACAGUGAAGUAGGUACUAGUAUGUCAUACCCAAUUCAACAUAUGGAAGGAGCAGAAUCAUCAAAUGGAUGUACUAUUUCUGGUUUGAGUCAUAGUAGUACUACUAAUACAGAUCAUACAUAUCAUUUACGUACAAAUACCACACCAGUUUCUAGUUCCAACAUUCAUGAUGAAAAUAGUUCUAGUGUUUCUCCUAAUACAAGUAUGAAUUAUAGUGAUGAGUCUUCAAACGACGGUUCACUAAUAGUUUGGAGCCCAGAAAAUUCCUUAUCACCAAACACAGUGUCUGACAUUCUGCAUGGACUUAGACCAGCGAGCCCAUUAUUUGAUGACAGUGACUCUUGGUCUUCCCCUGACCUGGACGAGAUUAUUCUGUUCGAUGAGGAGGAGGAUAAUGAACUCGAACCUAGAGGACUCACUAGAGAGCAGAUUGACAUGUUGGCUAUAAGAUCAUUUGGUGAAUCUGAUGAUGUAAAAACCUGUAGUGUAUGCAUUACAGAGUUCAUAGAAGGCAGUAAAAUCUGCACACUACCAUGCUUACAUGAGUAUCAUUUCCAUUGCAUUGACAACUGGCUGUUACAGCAUACCACCUGUCCCAUUUGUCGCAAGACAGUAGUAAAUACUGACGAAUAA